AUGAGUGUAUUCCACAACGACACGUUCCUUUUGUUUGGUGACUCUAUAACUGAGUUUUCAUUCAACCCCAAGCAGGAUGGUAUAGCCUCGUUAUUGUCCAACGUUUAUGUACGCAAGUUAGAUAUCUUAGUAAGAGGAUUUUCAGGUUAUAAUUCAAGAUGGUGUCUGAAGCUCUUGCCAAAAGUACUAGAAAAUGAGUCCAGCAUUGUUAUGGGUACCAUAUUCUUCGGUGCCAAUGACUCUUGCCUAGGAGGCCAUCAAAGAGUUCCUUUAUCUGAGUUUGUGGAAAAUAUUAGACAGAUGGUGCAGCUGAUGAAAGGUAGAGGCAUCAAACCUAUUAUAAUUGGGCCUGGGAUGAUUGAUCAAAGUCGUUGGGAAGAUAAAACUAAUGAGAAUAGAAUGUUUGAAAUCGCUAAUGGUUACAUUCGUACAUUGGAUAGUUUCGCCGAAUACUCUAAUGCACUAGUCAGACUUUCUAUCGAGGAAAAUGUCCCAUUUGUUAAUCUAAAUGAUGCAUUUCAACGUUAUGAAGGAGAUUGGAGAAAUCUAUUGGAAGAUGGUUUACAUUUUUCAUCAUUAGGAUAUAAAAUCUUCUUCGAUGAGCUCCUAAAAACCAUCGAAACUUACUAUCCCGAAUACUCACCCACUAAGCUACCUUACAAGUUUCCCAAUUGGAGAGAAGUCAGUGAAGCUGGGUCGAGCCUAGAAAAUCUGCCAUAG